AAGGGAGAGGAGAAGAGUUAGGUCUUCUUCUGGUUGGUAGUAGUUGUUGCAGCAGUGACCGAGAGCGUCUGUUAGAGAGAGAAAGACAAAGACAAAGAGAGAGAAAGACAGAGAAAGAGAGAGACGAUGCCUUGCCUGAACCUUUCGACGAACGUCAACCUCGAAGGCGUUGACACUUCGUCCAUCCUCUCCGAAGCCACCUCCAUUGUCUCCAAACUCAUCGGCAAACCCGAGGCCUAUGUGAUGGUUGUGCUGAAGGGUUCGGUACCCAUAUCCUUUGGCGGGACUGAGCAGCCUGCUGCCUAUGGUGAGUUGGUUUCAAUUGGUGGCCUUAGCCCUGACGUGAACAAGAAGCUGAGUGCUGCAAUUGCUAAUAUUCUUGAGACCAAGUUGUCUGUGCCCAAGUCACGAUACUUCCUCAAGUUUUACGACACCAAGGCCAAUCAAACUCAAGAAUUUGCUCGGUGUUUGCAUGCUUUACACCAGAACUAGAAUCAUGGUUCCAACUUCGGAUGGAAUGGAUCUACCUUUUAAUCUGUCUGUUAAUUCAGACUAGGGUGAAUUCGCAUGCAGUUGAUACCCUUUUUCCAAGUAUGGUCAAGAUAUUAUGUAUUCUCUUCAUGCCUUAAUUUUAGGAGUUGUCCAAAAACUUGUACUUGUAUGCGUCUGUGGUAUGCAUCCUUAGAAAAACUUGUGUUUACUUGGAAUUGCCAGAAAUGAUGUUAACCCUGCUAAGGCUUAACAGUUCCUUGCUGUGGUCUUCACUACUAUUAACUGUUUUAAUAAUUCCGUUCCUUGAUGA